UUUUUAGCGCCAGUUUAGACUACGUCUUUUUGGCGCUAAUGUCUUCUGCAUUACGUAGACUGGAUAAGGAAUAUACAGCUCUCGUCAACUCAAACAUUAAGAAUGUGCUUAGAGAUUUGACACGCAAUGAACUAAAUUUCCUAACGUGGACUGGAAAAAUAGUCUUGGAUGAACCUCCCUAUAAUAAGGGUGCUUUCGAAAUCGAAAUCACAUUUCCUGUUGAUUAUCCUUUCAAACCUCCAAAGGUGAAAUUUAAUACGCGCAUAUAUCAUCCAAAUAUUGAUGAGCAAGGUCAAAUAUGUUUACCAAUAAUUAACCCGGAAAACUGGAAACCUGCUACUAAAGUAGAACAUGUUAUUCAGGCACUUGUUGCAAUGCUUCGUACACCGGAAGUUGAACAUGCUCUUCGUUCGGAAUUAGCUGAAGAAUAUGCUAAAGAUCCAAAAAAGUUCUUUAAAAAUGCCGAAGAGUUUACACGGAGAUAUGCUGCAAAAAUUCCAAACUUGUAAAUUUUGUAAUAAUCAUUAAUAUGUUUGAUUAUCUCUUCCUUUACCAGUUCAUUUUUUAUUUUGUUUCUUAUUCUCUGAUUCAAAGUGAAUUUUUUUUCUUCAACUUUCACUAUUCCACAUAGUUAUGUUGUACACACAAUCAGAUACUCUGUAUGCUAGUUGGUGCUUGUAUUGCCUUGCUCCUUUUUGAUGUUGUGAAAGCUCUUGGUUAUAUUUAUCGGAAAGUGUAUAUGACCUAUGAAAAAAUAAAGAUAUGAAAUACAUCAUUAGGUCUCAAAAUCGUAGUAUAUCUCCUGAUCUCUAAUUCGAACAGCUAAUAAGUAUAUUACUUAUUUGUGUUAGCGGUUUAAUUGGCGUAUAAACCACUAUUUAAAAAACUUCUCUUGAUACUACUAAUAUUUCAACAUCCUUUACUCUUUAAGCUUUUCUUAUUAUUUUGACCAGUAUAUUUUGUUUUGAAGUGCACAAAAAUACAUGCAUAUAUCAAUGACAUUAAUACAUAUUAUAACUCUAA